AAUAACCAAAAAAUGCUUUGAAAAUUUUCACUUUUGAUUCAUUUAAAACAAGUUUCAACCGUCGAAAAAAGCAACAUGCUUCUAUUGACAGUGUUAGUAAUUACGUGGACAACAAUUAUCAAUCAAGUUUAUUCAGUGAUGCCCAUUGAUCUUCCAUUGGAUAUUGAAGAUGGUAACUGGUUGAUAAAAGCAAAGCUUACAGACAGAGAUAACGCGAAGCAAAUCAAAGUAGACGAAUACAUUAAAUCUGCGAACGGAACAAUAAGAGGCAAAAUAACAGUCAAAGUAGACAAUAACGAUCCGUAUGAUAUAUUUUAUACAAACGCGAAUCAAUACGAACGAUUAACGGCUUGUGUCAAGGUUAAGGUUAAGGAGCUAUCUGUAACCUUUAUGUCUAUGGCAAAGACGGUAAUGCCUGGAAUUAUUACAGAACCACGAUAGGCAAUAACUUCGCCAACGAUUUGGUCCUGGUUGGACCUUCAGUUAUAUUCAGAAUUAAUAAAUUUGCACCUGUCUGGAAAACAGUUAAAGAUGAAAUUAUCAAUGGAGUUAUGCAGCAUAGUGCGUACACAGCUCUUGAUCCUCACCUCGAUGUCUGGUUUUACUACAAAGGUGACAGUCUUGAGGGAUUGAAAAGACCGACCCAGGCUUUCUUUUCUGGUGAUGACCCAAAGUAUUAUCGUACAACAGGAGGUUUAUAUUGGUACGACUUAUACACUAUUACUCGAGUUGACCAAAAUUUUGAAACUAUUGUUACGCCUAAACCUGGAUUAGUUUGUGACAAAUACUUAAGUGACUCUUCAGCCAAAGCCAGAACACCUUUUCCAAAAUUAACUCAACAUGCAGUACAUUUUAUUGCCAAAACCAAAGGUUUAAAUGCAGGACCAACGAAGAAAGAAGAAGUUUAUGCUGAUGAAAAGAAUCAAAUGAUGAGAAUCAAGAGUUCAACUUAUGGAAAGGAUAAUGAAAUUAUUACAACUGAAUUCAUUUAUGAUUAUCAAUUAGGACUUGAAUAUAAAUUCGCAGAACAAGGAAAUUGCUCAGUUUCUUCAAUGGAUUUAUCAGCACCUGGCAUAGUUGAAGAUUCAUCAUUGACUUAUGGCAACUAUAAACUUGAUUUGAAUCGAUUGUUCAACUUUGACCUGAAUUAUCGUUACUUGGGACCAGUACUUUUCGAUGAUCGAGAUGAAAUCGGAAUACAUGCAUGGGAAAUACUCAAUGAAAAUGUGGAGUUUGAUGGUAAAACUUAUCCAAAUGUCGUUACAACUCAGUACUUUAGUGAACAAACAGGUCAACGAACUGAUUACACAGUUGUUGGUACAACAGUGAAAGCUUAUGACAAAGAUAAAAAAAUGGUUGCUUCCCUUACAACAAGUUACUUCAAUUAUGGUUAUGGGAUGAGUUCUUUAGAUAGCAUGAAAAAGUUCACCAUUAGAGACUUUUAUUCUGACGCAAAAGCCGAAAAAACCAUAGCAUUCUUCUUUAGUUGUACAGAUACUCCUUGCAUUUAUUUCAACUCAUAUUAUUAUCAAAUCCAAGAUAAAGUCAAAGAAUCACUCGUAAACACGGGAAUGAUUUCAGCAUCAAGAAUUGCAAACAUCGAACCGAUCAUAAGUUCUGGAGAGAUAAUUAUUUAUGUUACAAUUUUGGACUUUCCAACAAUAAAAAACGCAUUCAGGAUAAAAAAUAUGAAAUUAGCCGAGGAAACAUUAGCUACUUCAUCUAGAGUUAUAGUUGAUGGCGAUGAAACAGCUUGUUUGAGAACGAAUUCAUAUAAAUAUGAACCAUUUACAGCCAUUGCAUUUUGUAAGACUGAGAACGGUAAUAUAUGUCAGAGGCUCGAUGCUGAAAAAGAAAAAUUCUUGGAAGAUGAGAAAAAUGGAAUUCCUUGUUCAGUUUUCAUGACACCAUUGAAGAAUAUUUAUCGCUAUAGCCGAGAGUUACCUUUAGAAAAUAUUCACGAUAAACUCGCUCAUAUUGAAAUCUCACUGGUUUCACCCAACAACAACGAGGUGUUCAAAUUGACUCCAUACCAAGUGACAGAUGUAACCAAAGUCCAUGACGAUGUAUACGAUUCAUUAUAUGAAACGAUGAUUCAAAACACAAAACUAAUCGAAGACAAACUUAAUACAAUCGAAGUUGUUGGCACUACUGACUUAAGUUCCUGCCAUCGAAAGUGUGUCCAGUCUGCUGAGAAUAAUUGUCAAUCUUUUUCGUUCUGCACUUAUGAUGACAGAGUUGAAUGCUUUGUAUCGACUAUUUCAAAUGGCAAAACAACUCUUGAUGAAUCAUGUAGCACCUAUUUGAUUGAGAACCUAACGAAAUAUAAGAAAAUUUCGUUUAAACGAUUUAAAUACAUUGAGAAGUCUGUACCGUUCGAGAGUUCUCUUGAAAAAUGUGCCUCUUUUUGUUCCAAUUCCGAGUCAUGUAAAUCAUUUCAAUUUUGUUCUGGUUCAUGUAGUUUAGCAGGUUAUUAUACUGAUACAUCAAGCGUUUACAGUGAAAGAUGCGUAUAUAGAUUUAUAUUCCAAAAGCAUUGGACAGAUUUGCCAUAACUGGAAAAUCGAUUGUCGAAGACGUGUUUCACACAGAACUGAACCUCAAUGCUGAUCAAUGUGCUGCUCUUUGUUAUCAUUGGAACGAUAAUGACGCAGUUUGUCAGUCUUUCAAUUUUUGCCCAGUGUAUGGUAAAACACCGAGUCUUUGUCAUUUAUCAAAAUAUUCAAGACACGAUGCUAAUGAGAAACUGAUUCAUUCUGAUACUUGUCAAAAUUACGAAAGGACUGAACAGAAUGAGAAAAGGCAACAAAAUGCUGAAGUUAUCACUGAAUCUAGAAAUUCUGGCAUGAUUUACGUAAUCAUCGUACUAUUCAUCACCACUGGACUGAUUUCUGGAGUUGUUGUUGCAGUUGCUUAUUCUAGAUUCACUUCUGUUAAGAGCCAUGCAUCUCAAAUCUACAAUCGUAACACAUUCAGUUGGUCUAAGCAGCUAAACGACGAAGGUCAAUCUGUGAAUGGUGAGGGCUCUUUGCAAAUGUCAUCUGAUUAUGCUGUUCCUGGUAGUGAAUGACUACAAUAAAAAAUAUUGAUAUCAAGUUUAUGUGUGUUGAUCAAUAGUUUAAUGUAUAAAUUUUAAUAAAGUUUAUCAAUACUAAUAAAAUACUAAAUAAAUACUCUUUAAA